AUGAUUAUUGCCACUUGUUUCUCGGCCAGUCCGAAUGUUGUGGACUUGUCACGCGCAAAGCUGUUCAGCUUAUUAAGACCUUUGUCCUUCUCCUCAAUCUCCAUGUCCCAACCACCUCCUUACGGAGGCGGCCCUCCACGGACCAACCCAGACGCCCGUCCUUUACCGAGUGGAUGGAUUACCCAGUUCGACCCCAAUUAUAAUGCCUGGUUCUACGUCAAUACGCUUGCUUCUCCGCCUAUAACAACCUGGACUCAUCCCCUUGGUGCCCCACCGCCGCCCCCCACAACCUCAAGGCUAUGCAGCGCCAUCGGGGCCUCCUCCUCCCAACAACAACAACAACAAGUCCUUACCCGCCACAACAAGGCGGUGGCUACAACGGAGGUUACAACGGAGGCUACCAGCAAUCUCCCCCUCCCGGUCAAUAUCAACCUUACAAUCAGGGCUACCAAGGACCUCCCCCUCAAGACCAAGGUGGCAAAGAUUGCCAAAUCAGGUCUUUUCGGUGGGAUGUUCGGGAAUCAUCAGCAACAGCCGCCUCCCGUUCAGACGGUGUAUGUCCAAGAACAGCCUAAGAAGAGUGGUAUGGGAAUGGGCGGCGCUCUUGCUCUCGGUGCCGGUGGACUUCUUGGUGGUGCUUUGCUUGCUUCAGCGUUUGACGGAGGCGAUGAUGGCGGAGGCGAUGACGGAGGAGGAUGGGGCGGAGACGAUGGUGGGGGAGACGAUGGUGGAGGGGACUGGUGA